AGUGGGCACCCUGGGCAGGGCGCGUGGCCGAGGUGUGGAGGGAGAGGAUGCGCCUCUCCAAAACCCUUGUGGACAUGGACAUGGCUGACUACAGCGCCGCGCUGGACCCCGCCUACACCACCCUGGAAUUUGAGAAUGUGCAGGUGUUGGCGAUGGGCAACGACACAUCCCCAUCAGAAGGUGCCAACCUCAACGCGACCAACAACCUGGGUCUCAGCGCCCUGUGCGCCAUCUGUGGGGACCGGGCCACAGGCAAACACUACGGUGCCUCAAGCUGUGAUGGCUGCAAGGGCUUCUUUCGGAGGAGCGUGAGAAAGAACCACAUGUACUCCUGCAGGUUUAGUCGGCAGUGCGUGGUGGACAAAGACAAGAGGAACCAGUGCCGCUACUGCAGGCUCAAGAAGUGCUUCCGGGCUGGCAUGAAGAAGGAAGCCGUCCAAAAUGAGCGGGACCGGAUCAGCACUCGCAGGUCAAGCUACGAGGACAGCAGCCUGCCCUCCAUCAAUGUGCUCCUGCAGGCCGAGGUCCUGUCCCAGCAGAUCACCUCCCCUGUCUCUGGGAUCAAUGGAGACAUUCGGGCCAAGAAGAUUGCCAGCAUUGCAGACGUGUGCGAGUCCAUGAAGGAGCAGCUGCUGGUGCUCGUCGAGUGGGCCAAGUACAUCCCGGCGUUCUGCGAGCUUCCCCUGGAUGACCAGGUGGCCCUGCUCAGAGCCCAUGCUGGCGAGCACCUGCUGCUUGGAGCCACCAAGCGAUCCAUGGUGUUCAAGGACGUUCUGCUGCUAGGCAAUGACUACAUCAUCCCGCGGCACUGCCCGGAGCUGGCAGAAAUGAGCCGAGUGUCCAUGCGCAUCCUCGAUGAGCUGGUGCUGCCUUUCCAGGAGCUGCAGAUCGAUGACAAUGAGUACGCCUGCCUCAAAGCCAUCAUCUUCUUUGACCCAGAUGCCAAGGGGUUGAGCGACCCAGGCAAGAUCAAGCGGCUGCGCUCGCAGGUGCAGGUGAGCUUGGAGGACUACAUCAACGACCGCCAGUACGACUCGCGGGGCCGUUUCGGCGAGCUGCUGCUGCUGCUCCCCACCCUGCAGAGCAUCACCUGGCAGAUGAUCGAGCAGAUCCAGUUCAUCAAGCUCUUCGGCAUGGCCAAGAUCGACAACCUGCUGCAGGAGAUGCUGCUGGGAGGCUCCUCCAGUGAUGCAAAUCAUGCCCAUCACCCCCUGCACCCCCACCUGAUGCAGGAACACAUGGCCACCAAUGUCAUCGUUGCCAACACGAUGCCUGCCCACCUCAGCAAUGGACAGAUGUGUGAGUGGCCCCGACCCAGGGGGCAGGCAGCCACCCCUGAGACUCCACAGCCCUCACCGCCAGGUGGCUCGGGGUCUGAGCCCUACAAGCUCCUGCCAGGAGCCAUCACCACAAUUGUCAAGCCCCCUUCUGCCAUCCCCCAGCUGACCAUCACCAAGCAAGAAGUCAUCUAGCAAGCCGCUGGGGGUCAGGGGCUCUGCUGGCCCCCCAGCCCCCUCCGAGAGCCCCUGGAUGGUCACUUGGUCAGAGUGAAGGAAGCUGUGACAACAGGACCAGUCCCAGAGCAGCAAUGGAAGGGGCAGAGGGCCCAGGAACUUGGGCUGCAGGCCACAUCCCAUUGCCACCCUCUACCCCUGCUCUGGAUCAGGGGGCUUUAACUUUGGGAGACCCCAUGUGGAAAAUCCUCUGCUGCCCUGGACAACUUUUCUCUUGCUGAAGCCAUUGCCUUCCCCUUCAUCCAUAUCUACCCCCAACUUUUUCACCCCCAAAAGACUGCUGCCUGGAGGCAACAUGAGACCUUACUUAAAUACAACUCCCUUCCCUCUCAGACUGGUUCUUCUUCUCUCCUCGUGCUCCAUAGUGUCCAGACACAGAGGGCCCUUUGAGGCUGGGUCAGAUCGUGACCCUUACUGCCCCUGUUCUGCUGCCCCAGCCUCCAACGCUCCUCUCCACCUGCCACAGUCACCUUCUUCCGCCAUUUUAGUUUCUCAAAGCCGCCUGUCCAGAAGCUGAGGAAGACUUGGAAACAAUCCCCCCAGUCAUUCUGGGAACAUUUUUAAAGCACUGACUGGGGCUAGGCACUGUGUAGGAGAUUGUUGAGAAGAAAGACACAUUUCUCCUCUGACCACAGC